AUGGCGGAAAAAAUCACAGAGGACCAGGUCAACGACCUCUUGAAGAUCCUCCGCACCGAUGCCAGCGUCGACCAUAAAGUCCAGCAUGUCACCGGCAUCAAGUCCGGCAUCAAACAGCACAAUGUCCCUGAUACCCUCGUCCCACUGGUCUUCGACGGCCUCCGUACCGCGUCCGUCUCGCCGCACGCCGUCCUUGUCAACGCCGGUUUCACGGCCCUCAACCACCUGCUGACAAGGCUCUCGAGGCAGGAGCCCAAGUAUAUCGCCAAGGAGGCCAAACACACACUUCCCUUGGUCAUUGACAAGCUGGGCGACCCCAAGGACAAGUUCAGAAGCCUUGCGUCCCAAGCAUUGACGACCAUGUAUGCCGCCGCGCCCAUGGACGUCGAGCGCUCAGUGCGGAACGUCGCCAUGGUUGGCAAGAACCCAAGAGCCAAAGAAGCCGGCAUGCACUGGCUGCUAUACAUGCAUCAAGAACACGGUGUCCAGUUCCGCGCAUAUGUCCCGACUCUUAUGGAGCUGCUCGAGGAUGCUGAUGGCAUGGUGCGCGACGUCGCUAAGAGCACCGUCAUCGAGCUGUUCAGACAUGCCCCUAACACAGCCAAGUCCGACCUCAAGAGACAGCUGAAGAACUUCAAUGUCCGCCCGGCGAUCGAGCAAGCCAUUGUCAAGGAGCUGGCGCCCAACACCGCCGAGCGGCCGAAGACGCCUGGAUUGGAGGCCGCCGCCCCCAUCGCCGCCCCCAAACCGAAGCUCGCCGCAAGUGUAUCGUCUGUCUCGAGCGAACGACCCAUCACACCAGCGCCGCCGCCCGAGGCUCCGAGUGAAGUGGACCCUGCUUACGUCAAUACCCAACGUGAACUGGACGAUAUUUUUAGAGAAAUGAUGACGUACUUCGAGGGAAAGGAGACCGAGCAGAAUUGGCUGAAGCGCGAGGAGAGCAUGACCAGACUGCGGAGGCUCAUUGCUGGUAACGUUCCGCAAGACUAUCCGGACGCUUUCAUGCUCGGCCUGAAGGGCUUACUGGACGGAAUCAUCAAAGCCAUCACCUCUCUGCGAACAAGUCUUUCCAAAGAGGCCUGCAAUUUGGUCCAGGACAUUGCCAUGACGUUUGGUCCCGGUAUGGACCCUUUGGUGGAGCUUCUUAUGCAGACUUUCAUCAAGCUUGCUGCGGCAACCAAGAAAAUUGCCUCCCAACAGGCAAAUGCCACGGUCGACAUCAUCAUUGGCAAGGUCACAUACAACUCGCGCAUCAUGCAGCACAUUUGGGGCGCGUGUCAGGACAAGAACGUUCAGCCCAGGACCUACGCCACGGGCUGGCUUAAGACGAUUCUGAACAAAGAGGCCCAUCACAAGAGCCACAUCGAGCACGGCGGUGGUCUGGAACUGGUAGAGAAGUGCAUCAAGAAGGGUCUCAAUGACGCGAACCCCGGCGUCAGAGAGCGUAUGCGCGCUACUUACUGGGUGUUUGCCAAGAUCUGGCCAACAAGGGCGGAAGUGCUCCGAGAUACUCUCGAACCAACAGCUCAAAAGCUUCUGGACAAAGACCCCAACAAUCCCAACGCUCCCAAGAGAGAAGUGGAUAGCGUCCGCGCAAGGCCCGGCCUUGGCCUGUCCAAGAGUACUAUGGCCAGUAGCAAGCCAAGCUUGCGUGAAACCAUGAUGGCACAGAAGAAAGCCACGAUGGCGGCAUCCCGAAACCUGCCUCCUCGUCCCGGAUCUGCGAUGGCUAAUCUCUCUCCGGUGCGACCACAACAACCAGCGCCAAGCUCGUCUUCAACCAGCUCGGCGCCCGCAUCGAAGCCGACGGCAUCCGGUGGCAUGUCCGUCCGUCCUAUGAGACCCACCAAGAAGCGCCCGGAAAUGGCUGCAAGACCGGCGACAGCCGGUCCCUACUCCGUGCGGACGCACGAUGGUCCUUCGACCGAAGCCCCGAGUCCCGAAAGCCUCAAGUCGAAGAGUGUGACACCAAAGUCGAAAACUGAGGCGUCUCCGCGAAGAGCGGCUAGCAGACCGCGUGCCGCGACAUCUCACGCCAAUGGCCUGCAUGCUGCAUCGCCUAGCGCGGCCAAGCCAGCGCUCUCCAAGUCGGUAUCUUCGCCUCGUGCAUCGCCCCGGUCUAGUCCCGCGAAGGCCAAGAGGUCACAAACCACGAUACCUUCGAGCAGUCCAGCCAGGGACAACGAAGAUCUCACAUUGGUGGUGCCGAGUCUCGACAGUCUGAGGUCGCUCCCGGGAGAUGUUCCCGCAAAAGCAUCGCCGCCAGUCGUAAUGCAAGCACCGGCGAAUAUAUCUGUAGAGAUCCCCUUGCCCGAGACGGAGCAUGCAGCGGAGCCUACACCGGAGUCGAUGCCGGAGCCUGCUGAGCAACCCCUUGCAGAACCCGAGGCCGAAGCACCGGUUUCAGAGCCACAGGAAACGUCUGUAGAGGAGCCUGAGGAGGCAACUGCGGAUGUGGCUGUCGAGGCUUCGGCCGAGGAGGCACCAGCUCCCACGACUCCUGUCAAGGAGGAAGUGGCUGAGCCAGAACUCGCCCCUUCCGCCCCUUCCAACGGUCUUAAGGUGUUUGAGGACCCUUUCGUGGACGACAAGACGACCGCCAACGCAAACAUCAUCAUUCCAGUGCUGGAGGAUAAGGCCGUGAACGAGGUUUCCGCUCCAGCAACCAAUGGCCACUUUGACGUAAACGGCAGCCUCCAGACCCCCGAGAAGGCCAGUCAGACUUCAAAACUUCUCGAGAGUGGCGUGACUAGAGUCAAGGCAAAGUCUCUAGAUGUCCACGGCUUCAGGAAACUGCAAACCAUAAUCAAGGACAAUAAGGCCGUUUUCUCGGAUGAGAAAUUUGAGGCCCUUCUCUGUGGGCUUUUUGAGUAUCUUGAGGCCCCCCUGGAGAGCCUUGCACCGGAGAGGGUGCAGGAUGUUAAGGCCCAGAUCCUUGCGACGAUUAAGCUUCUGCUCAAGAGGGAGCGAGAUAACUUCCAGCCCCAUGUCUCACGAGGCCUCGAGUCCCUUGUCGCAACACGCAGCGCCUACGAUGCGCGUACCCGCAUCGUUAGCGGUCUUGAGCUCCUUGCCGAAGAACUCGUGGCCCUUGGUGACCCGCAUGAGAUUGUCGUAGUCAUGGUCAAGCUCCUGCAAAGCAAGCAGGAUUCGUCGAUCGAGGGCAGCCGCUGCCUUGCCACAGGCCUGCACGUGCUGAAGGAAUUACUCGACAAGCGUACCGGUUUUACGCCUUCGGAGGGCGAGCUCGCGCAGCUGGGUGGACUUGCCGGCCGAUGUAUCGAGUCGACUGACUCUGGAGUGCGCAUGGGUGCCGUCCAGCUCUGCGUGGCGUUGCACUCGCGUAUUGGUGACGGGCCGUUCUGGGAGCUUAUCAAGGGCGCCAAAGACGACCCCAAGAACCUCAUCACGUACUACAUUGCGAAGAAACAAAGGGAGAGCAACGCUGUUGCCACCUAA